GCUGCGCGAGCCCAGAGUUUCAAACCCAGACUAUUGGACCAACGCCAGCCCCUCCAUCAUCGAUCUCAUCUCUUCUUCAACGCGUCAGGGACGUUUAUGAUCUGCUCAAACUGAACCAAUUGGAGCCAUAAAAUCACACUUUAUAGCCGAUAGCACUUUCGAUCGUCGUUGCCACUAACACAUUCACUUAGAGGGAGAAACCUACCCGUAACUCCCUUUCACACCUCACGAAACGCCUCUGCCAUCAAGAAAAGACUUCCCUGUCAUGAUCCUUGGUCCUAUAAGCCUCGUUGACUGCGGAGUCUUUCUUAUAUUUCUUGCGCCUCAACUUAUAUGGCACGCUGGAUUCUUUUUGACAUUAUUCACGGGUCUCAGGUCCUUACCGUUUCUCAGUUGGUUAUCCCUCACUACAUAUCAUGUCAGUCUAACUUAUUUAACAUAGUGAUUCGACUUCCUUAUGAGUUCAUCACUGAUCGUUACCUGACUCAUUCAACUCGCCAACUUGCGUUUACUCAGACAGCUACUGUGUUUGAGGAUCUUGUGAUACGUUGUGUGCGCUAUGCCUUCGCCAAUAUCCCCGCCAAGGUUGGGCGAGUCUUCUUCGGCAAACAUGUUGCGUUACCAUUUAUUCACUGGCGCAUGCUCCGUCAUGGCUAUAUCAGAUCUCCAGUCCACUAUAGAGAAUACAACAUAGGAAAAGGAGAUGUCCAAACAAAGGGCAGUUGGAUUAUGCAUCAACCGGAACAUCCUCCGGAUUUCGUCCUUUACUAUGCACACGGUGGCGGAUUCUUGAUGGGCUCAAGUUACUUUUACCUUGAAUUCCUCAUGGCCUGGCAUCACCUCCUUGUUGAGGCUGGAUUCAAAAACCCUGCAAUAUUUGCACUCGAGUACACAUUGGUGCCUGAUCAAGUUUACCCAAGGCAGGUCCUGGAGGCACUUGAAGGCUACAAGCAUGUCCUUGAAGUCGUGCAAGACGCAUCCAAGAUCUGCGUUUCGGGAGAUUCGGCUGGUGGCUCAUUGGUUCUCAGCUUGUUGCUCGAGUUGGGCGCCCAGGCUGGCAAUCAAGAUAAGAAAGGCAUCAAAGUCGACAUCCGGGGCGUUCUCUCAGAUGCGAAUCCACCGCAUCUGCCUCUCCCUCGUAUGGCUACACUAAUUUCACCGUGGAUAACACUGAUGUCCAACUUACACUACAGCUCGAAGAGUGAUUUCCUGGACAAGCGAACAUUGUGGAAAUAUGCAAAUGAGUACGCAGGAGAGAACAUGAUCCAACAGCAACCGGCUUCCCCUGGUAACUGCGUCGAUGAGAGGCUCUGGAGAGCAGCCAGUCCCGAACGAGGAUACUUCAUCAUCUUUGGAGAAGAGGAAGUAUUCGCGCCAGAUAUCGAAGAAUUUCUCAAGCGGCAAGCCAAGAUUGGGAUUCAAGCUGAAGGGCAGAAAUUCGACGGAGGAAUACAUGCGUGGCCGGUAGCCUCACUAUUCCUAUCCAGUACGGAGGAGAAGAGGCUGCAAGGACUUCGAACUGCUGUCAAGGAGAUUAGAAGACGAAUGCUUGAAUGGGGUACACUGAAUGAGGACAAAGUAUAAAAUCAGAUUAGAUCAAGUAAAAAUUCAUAGACGAGGCCUGUAGUUGGUGAAUCAGGAACCAUAGUACAAAACUCGGUUUCGUCCUCACCAGGCCUGCUCAGGGAUUAAAGCUCAACGUGUAUCAUCACCAGGAUGCAGAGGCAGAAGAGGAUAUGCAGGUAGAAAACAGUGGAACUCACCUGAUAGAGAGAGAUAUAUCUG